CCUAACAAAAAUAUAUAUACUUAACAAAAAUCGUAAACCCUAAACCCUUCCAUAUCAACAAAAGAGAGUUCUUCUCUAACCAUUAUUUGAGUUCUUCUCCACUCUAAAGCUUGCUUUGAUCGCUGAAAUCACAGAUGGAAGGUUCUAGCAAUUGUGAUGGAGAGAGUGUAGCCAUGAUCCCAAAUCAGAAGACUCUCAAUAUUGACUUGCCUUCUAGCUCUAAUGUUGAUGUUAGCUCUAUGAAGGAGGGUUGUGAAUCACCUAUGUCAUCAUGGGAUUCUGAACCCGAAGCUGAUAUCUCAUCUAUAAUGUCUGAGAAAUCCCUUCAGGAUAUUAACCUCGAUGGAAACAUUCUUGAUAGGGAAGAGCAACGCCAUUUUGUUGGGGUGGAAAACAUGGACAAUAAAAGUUACGAUGAGUUGCUCAAAAAAUUCAUUGAAAAGGAGGAAGAACUAAGAGUUUCGAAUUUAAAACUUCAGCUUUUGGAACAAGAGAAUAUCAAGUUGGCGGGUCAAGUUGAGAAUAGCGUGAUUCAGGUUGAUGAUGUGAGUGAAAAAUUGAAGCUGAAAGAGCAUGAGUUGUAUGAACAAAAGAAGCUUUUGGGAGAUGAGAUUUCCAAGUUGAUGAUUCAAAAUUUAAAAUGUGAGAAUCAACUUGAUGAUGUGCGCGGAGAAUUGAAUGUGAAAGAGGGUCAGCUUGAUGAUGUGCACGGAGAAUUGAAGUUGAAAAAGAAGGAGUUGAAUGAGCAAAAGGAGCUUUUGGAAGAAGAGAUUUUCAAAUUGAAGAAGCAAGUUAAAGAAAGUGAGAAUCGGCUUGAUAAUGUGCGGGGUGAAUUGAAUAUGAAAAACAAGGAGUUGCAAAAACAAUCGGUUGAAUUGGGAACUCGUAUUUCAGAAUUUGUCAACAAGAAUACAAUCUUGAGAACUCGUAUUUCAGAAUCUGUCAACAAGAAUAAAAAUUUGAUGAAACAACUUGAAGCGGCUGAUAAGAAACUCAAGAUUUCAACCGAAGAAAUUGUAACUUUACAAGAGGAACUUGGUAGUAAGUCAUCUAUGAUUCUUCAAGUGGAAUGUCAUAUUAAAGAGGAAAAGAAAAAUGUGGAAAUAUUAAAGGCUGAGAUAGAAACUUUGGUUAGAAAAAAUGAGGAAAAUGUCAUUAACCACCAGGAGGAGUUGAGAAAAUUGAUUUCGAUACUGUUUGAUUUGCAAGCUAAGAGAAGAUAUUUGAAUUCUGAUGUUGAAAGUUUGUCAAGACAGAAACAACAAUUGACCUCUAAAUUAGAGAAUUGUGAGUCAAAAAACAAGGAAUUAGAACAAAAAAUUAAGCAAUAUGAAGCUGAAAAUCUGAAACAGAAAAAACUGCAUUCUACUCAACUAAUGCUUCUACAAGAUGAAAUCAGUUAUUUGAGGAAGAAAAGAGUUGAUGAGAGAAUGAAUGAUGUAGAAGCUUCAAAUAAGGAAUCAGAAAAAGUAAUGAUUGAAAUAGAUGAAGCCAAUGUCAAGAUUGAUAAGCUUAAGGCUGAGAUAUGUUCCUGUGACGAUCAAAUAUCGCAUAUGAAGAACACAUCACGAAAGGAGCUGGUGGUGGACUAUAGAGGGAAAUUGAAUGAAGAAGAUAAGUUGAAAUUGAAAGUGGAAGAACUUGAAAAAGAGGUGACUAAUAAGAAUGGUGUGAUCUUAGAUAUGACUGAGGAGAAGAAGGAGGCAAUUAGACAACUAUGUGAUUCACUUGAGCACUAUAGGAGUGGAUAUAGUGAACUUAUUCAAGCAUUGAAUGGUUUAUAAGCAUCGCGGUGCUCACACUGUUAUAGCUUUCUAGUUUAACAUUUAGGUCUGUCUUGUGGUUUUAUUUUGUUUUGUUUUGUUUGAUAGA